AUGCAUGAUGGCCUUGCAGGUCCAUUACCUGUAUCGUUUUGGGCUCACGAUAUUCCUCAGGUAGCACACCAAGAGCCUGCCAUUCUACAUGCGACCGUAGCUAUGAGUACCCUGUAUAAGGAGUUCAAAUUCCCAACCUCGCAAGCGGACACAUUGCAAAAACGCUUCGCCUUACAACAUUACAACAAAGCAAUUCGAUGCAUUGUGACAUCUCAAGUUGAGCAUCUCGAUUCAGUCGUCCUGGCGUGCAUUAUGUUUAAUGGUGUUGAAUUCUUGCGAGGCAAUAUCUACGCAGCAUUGAAUCAUUAUCAAAUGGUCUAG